AUGGGAGGAUGGGUCUUUGCGGGCGCAAUUGGCGACUUCUACCAGAACUGGGUGAUUGUCCCGCGUCUCUUGCAGCUGUACCGGCCCGAGGAUGCAGUCGCUCCGAAAACGGCUGUGGUGGAGGCCCUAUUCUUUAUCUCGGAUUUCAAAGACCCCAUCUCCAUCCCGCUCCUGUGCGAGAUAGACAAGACGUGUCUCCAGAUGCUGAUACCCUGCAUUAUGGAGCAGCCGCUGCUGGGCCAGAUCUUCCCAGGUCUGAGCCCAUGGAGGCCGUUGCCCCAAAAGGGCCUUGGGGACUCGGGAUUCGAUUUCUACAACUACGAGAAGCAAACAUUCAUUCCCACCACCAUGCUUCCAACCAACCCCCUUUCCCUACCCCUCCCACUGCCCCACAUCCCCACAUUCAAGCUCAGACACGUCCGCGUCAUGCUCUACAUGAGGGACCAUGCCAGGGGCACUUGUUUUGAGCACCCUCUCUGCUCCAUGAAACAUCAGUUCAUGGACCAGGAGUACGUCUGGCCGGCGGACUUACGAAAGCCACGGACGUACGUGCAGGGCCAAUGGAAGAUCACGGGCCCAGGAUCCCCACUGGGCAUCAUAGCGGUAAGGCCCAUGCCUAGAGAGGAAGGAUGUAUGGUCCUACCAGGGGUGGAACACGGCGGCAAUGGCAAGGAUACGGAUGCCAGGAUGGCCUCCGAGGCGUAG